ACAAGUUCGUCCUCACAAUACAUCAAAAAACCAAUCCACUCAAUCCCACCAAGCACCACACCUCACCUCAACCACUUCAACCAAAAUGUCUUCCAACGCCGACAAGAUCGCCGAGGCCCAGUCCAACCUGCCCCUCCCCGAGCAGCCCCCUGUUGCCUCGGACUGGCAGUCUGCAGACGCCCGGAACGUCAAUGUUGGUGCCGGUGGCGUCGCCAGCGACAUCUCUACUGGCGCGGGAGCCUCAUCUGGCCUGCGCGAGCCUGCCUCCAAGGGGGCUGAUGUUGAUCUGAGUGGUGUCGGCCGCCAGGGCAAGGAGGGUCUGGACAGUGUGCCUAAGGAUGCUACUGCAUAAAUUUCCUGAACCAAGGACAAGGGUUACACCAACGAUGGUUGGGAGCAAGCAUGGUCUGGCGUUUUAUGGGAUAGGAUGCUCUGUGGACUUUAACAGCUGACAGCUGACGGUUGAUGCCGACGUCGUUGAUCAACAAUGGAUUUAAUGACCGU